AUGGGGGAUGGAGGGGAGGGCGAGGAUGACGUCCAGUUUCUCCGAACUGAGGAUGAGGUCGUCCUGCAAUGCAGUGCUACCACCCUCAAGGAACAGAUCAAGCUCUGCCUGGCUGCAGAAGGCUUUGGAAACCGCCUUUGUUUUUUGGAGCCCACUAGCAAUGCCCAGAAUGUGCCCCCUGACUUGGCUGUGUGCUGUUUCGUGCUGGAGCAAUCUCUUUCUGUGCGAGCCCUGCAGGAGAUGCUGGCCAACACCGUGGAGGCCGGCACUGAGUCAUCUCAGGGCGGGGGACACCGCACCCUUCUCUAUGGCCACGCCAUCUUACUCCGACAUGCCCACAGCCGAAUGUACCUAAGCUGCCUCACAACAUCCCGCUCCAUGACUGACAAACUCGCCUUCGAUGUGGGCCUUCAAGAAGAUGCCACAGGGGAGGCCUGCUGGUGGACCAUGCAUCCAGCCUCAAAGCAACGAUCUGAAGGGGAAAAGGUCCGGGUGGGGGAUGACCUCAUCCUUGUCAGUGUCUCUUCUGAAAGAUACCUGCACCUGUCCACAGCCAGUGGGGAGCUCCAGGCUGAUGCCUCUUUCAUGCAAACCCUUUGGAAUAUGAACCCCAUCUGUUCUGGAUGUGAAGAAGGGUAUGUGACUGGUGGCCAUGUUCUCCGCCUGUUCCAUGGCCACAUGGACGAGUGUCUGACCAUCUCUUCAGCUGACAGUGAUGACCAGCGCAGGCUGGUUCAUUAUGAAGGGGGUGCUGUGUGUACCCAUGCCCGUUCCCUGUGGAGGCUGGAACCCCUAAGGAUAAGCUGGAGCGGGAGCCACCUGCGCUGGGGCCAGCCCCUGCGUGUGCGACAUGUAACUACAGGGAGGUACUUAGCACUGACAGAGGACCAAGGCCUGGUAGUGGUAGACGCCUCGAAGGCCGCUACCAAAGCAACUGCUUUCUGUUUCCGAAUAUCCAAGGAGAAACUGGACACAGCCCCAAAGCGAGAUGUGGAAGGGAUGGGGCCCCCUGAGAUCAAGUAUGGGGAGUCUCUAUGCUUUGUCCAACACGUGGCCUCUGGCCUGUGGCUUACGUAUGCAGCCCCUGACCCCAAAGCCUUGCGCCUGGGCCUGAUGAAGAGGAAGGCCAUGCUGCACCAGGAAGGCCACAUGGAUGAUGCCCUGUCCCUCAGCCGGUGCCAGCUGGAGGAGUCUCAGGCAGCCCGGAUGAUCUACAGCACAGCUGGGCUGUACAACCAGUUCAUCAAAGGUCUAGACAGUCUGAGUGGGAAGCCCAAGGGGGCCCCGGCACCAGGUGUGACACUGCCCAUCGAAGGGGUCAUCCUGAGCUUGCAGGACCUCAUUGGCUACUUCGAGCCCCCCUCGGAGGAGCUGCAGCAUGAGGAGAAGCAGAGCAAACUACGGAGCCUCCGGAACCGCCAGAGCCUCUUCCAGGAAGAGGGAAUGCUGUCCUUGGUUCUGAACUGUAUCGACCGUCUCAACGUCUACUCCACCGCUGCCCACUUUGCUGAGUUUGCAGGAGAAGAGGCAGCUGAGUCUUGGAAAGAGAUUGUGAAUUUACUCUAUGAGCUUUUGGCCUCUUUGAUUCGGGGGAACCGUACCAACUGUGCCCUCUUCUCCCACAACCUCGACUGGCUCGUCAGCAAGUUGGAUCGACUGGAGGCCUCUUCUGGAAUCCUGGAGGUCCUUUAUUGUGUGCUGAUCGAGAGUCCAGAAGUACUUAACAUCAUUCAGGAGAAUCACAUCAAAUCUAUCAUUUCCCUGUUGGACAAGCAUGGCCGGAACCACAAGGUUCUGGAUGUGUUGUGCUCUCUGUGCGUGUGUAAUGGCGUCGCUGUCCGCUCCAACCAGGUCCUCAUCACUGAGAAUCUCCUUCCAGGGCGUGAGCUCCUACUGCAGACCAACCUAAUUAACUAUGUCACCAGCAUACGCCCCAAUAUCUUUGUGGGCCGGGCCGAGGGGACCACACAAUAUGGGAAGUGGUACUUUGAAGUCAUGGUGGACUCGGUGGAACCUUUCCUGACUGCCCAAGCCACACACCUGAGGGUGGGCUGGGCCCUCACUGAGGGAUACAGCCCCUACCCUGGAGGUGGGGAAGGCUGGGGCGGCAAUGGCGUUGGAGAUGACCUCUACUCCUAUGGCUUUGAUGGACUGCAUCUCUGGUCUGGGCGGGUUGCCCGGCCAGUGGCCUCCCCAGGCCAGCACCUCCUGGCUGCAGAAGAUGUGGUUAGCUGUUGCCUAGACCUGAGUGUCCCAUCUAUCUCAUUCCGAAUCAAUGGCUGCCCUGUGCAAGGCGUCUUUGAGGCCUUCAACCUGGAUGGGCUCUUCUUCCCUGUGGUCAGCUUCUCAGCUGGUGUUCGGGUACGGUUUCUCCUGGGAGGUCGCCAUGGAGAUUUCAAAUUCCUCCCUCCACCGGGUUAUGCCCCAUGCCAUGAGGCUCUCCUGCCCCGAGAGCGCCUCCGGCUGGAGCCCAUUAAAGAGUACCGUCGGGAAGGAGCCCAUGGGCCUCACCUCGUGGGACCUACCUGCUGCCUGUCCCACACCGACUUCGUGCCUUGCCCUGUGGACACCGUCCAGAUUGUUUUGCCGCCUCACCUGGAACGGAUCCGUGAGAAGUUGGCAGAGAACAUCCAUGAGCUCUGGGCUCUGACUCGCAUCGAGCAAGGAUGGACCUAUGGCCCGGUGCGGGAUGAUAACAAACGACUUCAUCCAUGUCUAGUGGACUUUCACAGCCUCCCAGAGCCUGAAAGAAACUACAAUCUGCAGAUGUCAGGGGAGACACUCAAGACCCUGCUGGCUUUGGGGUGCCAUGUAGGCAUGGCUGAUGAGAAGGCUGAGGAGAACCUCAAGAAGACGAAACUCCCCAAGACGUACAUGAUGAGUAAUAAGUACAAACCGGCUCCGUUGGACCUAAGCCAUGUGCGGUUAACACCAGCACAGACAACGCUUGUUGACCGGCUGGCUGAGAAUGGGCACAAUGUGUGGGCGAGAGACCGUGUGGGUCAAGGCUGGAGCUACAGUUCUGUCCAAGAUAUUCCUGCCCGGAGGAACCCCCGGCUUGUCCCCUACCGCCUCCUGGAUGAGGCCACCAAGCGUAGCAACCGAGACAGCCUCUGUCAAGCUGUGCGCACCCUCUUGGGUUAUGGCUACAACAUUGAACCACCUGACCAGGAGUCCAGCCAAGUGGAGAGCCAGACAAGUGGGGACCGAGUACGCAUCUUCCGUGCAGAACGCACCUAUGCAGUUCAGAGUGGUCGCUGGUAUUUUGAGUUCGAGGCUGUCACCACUGGAGAGAUGCGUGUGGGCUGGGCCCGUCCAGAGCUGCGGCCAGAUGUGGAACUGGGAGCAGAUGAUUUGGCUUAUGUCUUCAAUGGCCACCGAGGGCAGCGCUGGCACGUGGGUAGUGAACCAUUUGGGCGACCCUGGCAGCCGGGAGAUGUGGUUGGGUGUAUGAUCGAUCUCACGGAGAACACCAUCCUUUUCACCCUCAAUGGAGAAGUACUCAUGUCUGACUCAGGCUCAGAGACAGCCUUCAGGGAAAUUGAGAUUGGGGAUGGAUUCCUCCCUGUCUGCAGCCUGGGCCUAGGCCAGGUGGGACGCCUAAAUUUAGGCCAGGAUGUGGGAUCUCUUCGCUACUUCACCAUCUGUGGACUCCAGGAGGGCUUUGAGCCUUUCGCCAUCAAUAUGCAGCGUCCUGUCACCACCUGGUUCAGCAAGAGUCUGCCACAGUUUGAACCUAUGCCCCCGGACCAUCCCCACUAUGAGGUGACCCGAGUAGAUGGCACAGUGGACACGCCUCCCUGCUUGCGCCUGACACAUCGCACAUGGGGCUCCCAGAAUAGCCUGGUAGAGAUGAUGUUUCUACGGCUGAGCCUUCCUGUCCAGUUCUAUCAGCAUUUUCGCUGCACUCCGGGGGCCACUCCUCUGGCCCCCCCAGGCCCCCAGCCUCCCGGGGAUGAUGAGGUCCGGGCAGCUGAGCCUGACCCCGACUAUGAGCAGUUGCAACGCUCGGCAGGACGCUCGGGCGAGGCUGAGGGGAACAAGGACGGGAAUGGGGGGCCCACCAAAGAUGGGGCAGCAGGGGGGCCUUCUCAGACAGGGGCUGAGGCAGCAGGAGGGUCCCCAGCUCGGGCUGAGAAUGAGAAGGACGCUGCCACUGAGAAGAGCAAGAAGAGGGGGUUCUUGUUCAAGGCCAAGAAGGCUGCCAUGAUGUCUCAACCACCUGCCACACCUGCUUUGCCUCGCCUGCCACAUGACGUGGUGCCUGCUGACAAUAGGGAUGACCCUGAGAUUAUCCUCAACACCACCACAUAUUACUACUCAGUCCGGGUGUUUGCAGGCCAGGAGCCCACCUCAGUGUGGGUGGGCUGGGUCACCCCCGACUACCAUCAGCAUGACAUGAAUUUCGACCUCAGCAAAGUCCGGGCUGUGACGGUGACCAUGGGGGAUGAGCGAGGCAAUGUACACAACAGCCUGAAGCGCAGUAACUGCUACAUGGUGUGGGGUGGGGACUUUGUGAGCCCAGGACAGCAAGGACGCAUCAGCCACACGGACCUGGUCAUCGGCUGCUUGGUGGACCUGGCCACUGGCCUCAUGACCUUCACGGCCAAUGGAAAAGAGAGCAACACCUUUUUCCAGGUGGAGCCAAACACGAAGCUGUUUCCAGCUGCUUUUGUACUGCCCACUAACCAAAAUGUUAUGCAAUUUGAACUGGGAAAGCUGAAGAAUAUCAUGCCUCUGUCAGCUGCCAUGUUCCUAAGUGAGCGGAAGAACCCAGCCCCACAGUGCCCCCCACGCCUGGAGGUGCAGAUGCUCAUGCCUGUGUCCUGGAGCAGGAUGCCCAACCACUUCCUACAAGUGCAGACACACCGGGCAGGUGACCGACUGGGCUGGGCUGUGCAGUGUGAGGAUCCACUCACCAUGAUGGCCUUACACAUCCCUGAGGAGAACCGCUGUAUGGACAUCCUGGAGCUAUCGGAACGCCUCUCCUUGCAGCGUUUCCACUCCCACACUCUGAGCCUCUACCGGGCUGUGUGUGCCUUGGGGAACAACCGAGUCGCCCAUGCACUCUGCAGCCACGUGGACCAGGCCCAGUUGCUUCAUGCCAUCGAGGAUGCCCACCUCCCUGGCCCACUGAGAGCUGGCUACUAUGACCUCCUCAUCAGCAUUCACCUGGAGAGUGCCUGCCGCUCCCGACGCUCUAUGCUCAAUGAGUAUAUUGUGCCCCUGACACCUGAGACCAGCACCAUCACACUCUUCCCUCCAGGUCCUCCCGCUGAACCUGGAGAGGAGAGCCCACGGCGUCAUGGACUGCCUGGUGUGGGGACCUCCACUUCCCUGCGCCCACCUCUCCACUUUUCUCCCCCCUGCUUCGUGGCAGCCCCGGUAGGGGCAGGUUCUGCUGAGGCCCCUGCACGAUUCAGCCCCUCCAUCCCCCUGGAGGUGCUCCGUGAUAAGGCGUUGAGGAUGCUAGGGGAGGCUGUGCGAGAUGGAGGCCAGCACGCUCGGGACCCUGUGGGUGGCUCUGUGGAGUUCCAGUUUGUGCCAGUCCUCAAACUGGUGUCCACUUUGCUGGUGAUGGGCGUCUUUGGGGAUGAGGAUGUUAAGCAAAUUCUGAGGAUGAUUGAGCCUGAGGUUUUCAAGGAAGAGGAGGAAGAAGAGGAAGAAGAGGAGGAGGAUGAAGAAGAGAAGGAAGAGGAUGAAGAAGAGGAAGAAGAAAAAGAGGAGGAGGUGGAGGAGGAGGAGGAGAAGGAGGAGAAGGAGGAGGAGGAAGAGAAGGGAGAAGAAGAAGCUGUGGAGGAAGGACUCCUUCAGAUGAAGCUGCCAGAGUCAGUCAAGUUACAGAUGUGCCAUCUGCUGGAGUACUUCUGUGACCAGGAGCUACAGCACCGUGUGGAGGCUCUCGUGGCCUUCUCAGAGCGCUAUGUCAACCGUCUUCAGGGCGACCAGCGCAGUCGCUAUGGCCUGCUCAUGCGGGCCUUCACCAUGUCUGCCGCGGAGACUGCCCGGCGCACCCGAGAGUUCCGCUCUCCACCCCAAGAGCAGAUCAACAUGCUUCUGCAUUUCAAAGGUGGGGAAGAUGAGGAGGAUUGUCCAGUCCCAGAUGAAAUACGACGGGAGCUGCUGGAUUUUCACCAGGACCUGCUUCUGCACUGUGGCAUCCAGCUGGAGGGGGAGGAAGAGGAGGUGGAAGAGGAGACCACUCUGGGAGGUCGGCUGAUGAGCUUUUUGGAAAAAGUGAAGCUGGUGAAGAAGAAGGAGGAAGAGCCAGAGGAGACCCCUGCUCCUGAAGAGAAAAAACCUGAGUCCUUGCAGGAGCUCGUCUCUCAUACCAUGGUGCUCUGGGCCAAAGAGGACUUCAUCCAGAACCCAGAGCUGGUCCGGGCCAUGUUCAGCCUCCUCCACCGCCAGUAUGACGGCGUUGGGGAGCUUCUUCGUGCCCUGCCCAGAGCCUACACCAUAUCCCCAUCCUCUGUGGAUGACACCAUGAGCCUCCUGGAAUGCCUGUGUCAAAUCCGCUCCCUGCUCAUUGUGCAGAUGGGACCACAAGAAGAGAAUCUCAUGAUACAGAGCAUUGGGAAUAUCAUGAACAACAAGGUUUUCUACCAGCACCCAAAUCUGAUGAGGGCUUUAGGGAUGCAUGAAACAGUGAUGGAAGUUAUGGUCAAUGUGUUAGGAGGGGGAGAGUCUAAGGAAAUCCGCUUCCCCAAGAUGGUCACCAGCUGCUGUCGGUUCCUUUGCUAUUUCUGUCGCAUCAGUCGCCAGAACCAAAGGUCCAUGUUUGACCACCUCAGCUAUCUGCUGGAGAACAGCGGAAUCGGCCUCGGCAUGCAGGGCUCCACUCCACUAGAUGUGGCAGCUGCUUCCGUCAUAGACAACAAUGAGUUGGCCCUGGCUCUUCAGGAACAGGACCUGGAAAAGGUAGUCUCAUACCUGGCUGGCUGUGGCCUCCAGAGCUGCCCGAUGCUGCUGGCCAAGGGCUACCCUGAUAUUGGCUGGAACCCUGGUGGUGGGGAGCGCUAUCUUGACUUCCUCAGAUUCGCGGUCUUUGUUAAUGGAGAGAGUGUGGAAGAGAAUGCCAAUGUUGUGGUGCGUCUGCUCAUCCGGCGCCCCGAGUGCUUUGGUCCAGCCCUGAGGGGAGAGGGAGGCUCAGGGCUGCUGGCUGCUAUGGAAGAGGCAAUCCGGAUCUCAGAGGAUCCUGCUCGAGAUGGCCCAGGAGUCAGGAAGGACCGGAGGCGGGACCACCAUGGUGAGGAGGCCCCUGAAGAAAACCGUGUGCACCUGGGAAAUGCCAUCAUGUCAUUCUACUCAGCCCUGAUAGACCUGCUGGGACGCUGUGCUCCUGAGACUCACCUGAUCCAGGCUGGGAAGGGAGAGGCUCUAAGGAUCCGGGCCAUCCUCCGUUCCCUGGUGCCUCUGGAUGACCUUGUGGGCAUUAUCAGCCUGCCCCUUCAGAUCCCCACCCUGGGGAAAGAAGGGGCCCUGGUGCAGCCCCGGAUGUCAGCCUCCUUUGUGCCGGACCACAAGGCCCCCAUGGUCCUCUUCCUGGACCGCGUCUAUGGCAUUGAUAGCCAGGACUUCCUACUCCAUGUGCUUGAUGUGGGCUUCCUGCCUGACAUGCGGGCAGCAGCUUCCUUGGACACGGCGACAUUCAGCACCACAGAGAUGGCCCUGGCCUUGAACCGCUACCUGUGCACAGCUGUGCUUCCUCUCAUCACCAAGUGCGCCCCACUCUUCGCGGGCACAGAGCAUCGUGCCAUCAUGGUGGACUCCAUGCUCCACACCGUGUACCGCCUGUCCCGAGGGCGCUCUCUCACUAAGGCCCAGCGAGAUGUCAUUGAGGACUGCCUUAUGGCGCUCUGCAGGUACAUCCGUCCAUCCAUGCUCCAGCAUCUUCUGCGCCGCCUGGUAUUUGAUGUGCCCAUCCUCAACGAGUUUGCCAAGAUGCCCCUCAAGCUCCUGACCAAUCACUACGAGCGCUGCUGGAAGUAUUACUGCCUCCCCACAGGCUGGGCCAACUAUGGGGUCACCUCCGAGGAGGAGCUGCAUCUGACUCGCAAGCUUUUCUGGGGCAUCUUUGAGUCAUUGGCCCACAAGAAAUAUGACCAGGAACUCUACCGCAUGGCCAUGCCGUGUCUGUGCGCCAUUGCCGGGGCCCUGCCCCCAGACUAUGUGGAUGCCUCCUACUCCUCCAAGGCAGAGAAAAAGGCCAGUGUGGACGCCGAGGGCAAUUUUGACCCCCGGCCCGUGGAGACACUCAAUGUGAUCAUACCUGAGAAACUCGACUCCUUCAUCAACAAAUUUGCAGAAUACACACAUGAGAAGUGGGCAUUUGACAAGAUUCAGAACAAUUGGUCAUAUGGGGAGAACAUCGACGAGGAGCUCAAGACCCACCACAUGCUUCGGCCCUAUAAGACCUUCUCAGAAAAGGACAAGGAGAUUUACCGGUGGCCUAUCAAGGAGUCACUGAAGGCCAUGAUCGCCUGGGAGUGGACAGUGGAAAAAGCCCGUGAGGGUGAGGAAGAGAAAGGAGAGAAGAAGACCAAGACCCGCAAGAUCUCCCAAAAUGCCCCAGCCACCUAUGACCCAAGAGAGGGUUAUAAUCCCCAGCCUCCAGACCUCAGUUCUGUUACCUUGUCCCGGGAACUGCAGGCCAUGGCUGAACAACUGGCUGAGAAUUACCAUAAUACCUGGGGAAGGAAGAAAAAGCAGGAAUUAGAGGCGAAGGGUGGAGGUACCCACCCCCUUUUGGUCCCCUAUGACACACUGACGGCCAAGGAGAAGGCUCGAGACCGAGAGAAGGCACAGGAGCUGCUCAAAUUCCUACAGAUGAACGGCUAUGCGGUGACAAGGGGACUGAAGGACAUGGAGCUGGACACAUCCUCCAUUGAAAAGAGAUUUGCGUUUGGGUUCCUCCAGCAGCUUCUCCGAUGGAUGGAUAUUUCCCAGGAAUUCAUUGCCCACCUGGAGGCUGUGGUGAGCAGCGGACGGGUGGAGAAGUCUCCCCAUGAGCAAGAGAUCAAGUUCUUUGCCAAGAUCCUGCUGCCUCUCAUCAACCAGUAUUUCAACAACCACUGCCUCUACUUCCUGUCCACACCAGCCAAGGUCCUAGGCAGUGGGGGCCAUGCCUCUAACAAGGAGAAGGAGAUGAUCACCAGCCUGUUCUGUAAACUCGCCGCUCUGGUCCGGCACCGAGUCUCUCUCUUUGGGACUGACGCCCCAGCUGUGGUCAACUGUCUACACAUCCUUGCCCGGUCACUGGAUGCCAGGACCGUGAUGAAGUCAGGCCCUGAGAUCGUGAAGGCUGGUCUCCGGUCGUUCUUCGAGAGCGCUUCGGAGGACAUCGAGAAGAUGGUGGAGAACCUGCGCUUGGGCAAGGUGUCCCAGGCCCGGACCCAGGUCAAGGGUGUUGGCCAGAACCUCACCUACACCACCGUGGCCCUGCUGCCCGUCCUCACCACCCUCUUUCAGCACAUCGCCCAGCACCAGUUUGGAGACGAUGUCAUCUUGGACGAUGUCCAGGUCUCCUGUUAUCGAACACUUUGCAGCAUCUACUCUCUAGGGACAACCAAGAAUUCCUAUGUGGAGAAGCUGCGUCCAGCCCUCGGAGAGUGCCUUGCCCGUCUGGCAGCUGCUAUGCCAGUUGCCUUUCUUGAACCCCAACUGAACGAAUACAACGUCUGCUCUGUCUACACUACCAAAUCUCCCAGGGAACGUGCCAUCCUGGGCCUUCCCAGCUCUGUGGAGGAGAUGUGCCCAGAUAUCCCGGACCUGAAGCAGCUGAUGGCAGACAUCGGGGGAUUGGCUGAGUCAGGCGCCCGCUACACAGAGAUGCCCCACGUCAUUGAGAUCACGCUGCCAAUGCUUUGUAACUACCUGCCCCGAUGGUGGGAGCGGGGCCCUGAGGUACCCACCUCACAGCCCCCAGGAGGUCCCCCACCCUGCACAGAUGUUACCUCAGACCACCUCAACUCCCUCCUGGGAAACAUCCUCCGAAUCAUUGUCAACAACCUGGGCAUUGAUGAGGCUUCAUGGAUGAAGCGCCUAGCAGUAUUUGCCCAACCAAUUGUGAGCCGAGCCCGACCUGAACUGCUCCGGUCUCAUUUCAUCCCGACUGUGGGCCGGCUACGGAAGCGAGCUGGGAAGGUGGUAGCUGAAGAAGAGCAGCUGCGGCUGGAGGCCAAGGCAGAAGCUGAGGAGGGAGAACUACUGGUGCGGGACGAGUUUUCCGUGCUCUGCCGGGACCUCUACGCGCUCUAUCCCCUGCUCAUCCGCUAUGUGGACAACAACCGAGCCCACUGGCUAACAGAGCCCAAUCCUGACGCAGAAGAACUCUUCAGAAUGAUAGCAGAAAUCUUCAUCUACUGGUCUAAGUCUCAUAACUUCAAGAGAGAGGAACAGAACUUUGUGGUACAGAAUGAAAUCAAUAACAUGUCCUUCCUGACGGCAGAUAGCAAGAGCAAGAUGGCCAAGGCGGGAGAUGGACAGUCAGGAGGCUCCGAUCAAGAAAGAACUAAGAAGAAAAGGCGGGGAGACCGAUAUUCCGUCCAGACCUCUCUGAUAGUGGCUACCCUCAAGAAGAUGCUGCCUAUUGGGCUGAACAUGUGUGCACCCACUGACCAGGACCUCAUUGCAAUGGCCAAGACUCGUUAUGCCCUGAAAGACACAGAUGAAGAAGUUCGAGAAUAUCUGCAGAAUAACCUUCAUCUUCAGGGAAAGAGUGAGGGUUCCCCAUCGCUGCGCUGGCAGAUGGCCCUGUACCGAGGGCUACCUGGCCGGGCUGAGGAUGCUGAUGCCCCUGAGAAGAUUGUUCGCCGGGUACAGGAAGUAUCAGCAGUGCUGUUUCACCUGGAGCAGACAGAGCAUCCCUACAAGUCCAAGAAAGCCGUAUGGCACAAGCUUCUUUCCAAACAGCGUCGUCGUGCAGUCGUGGCUUGUUUCCGCAUGACACCCCUGUACAACCUGCCCCGGCAUCGUGCAAGCAAUAUGUUCUUGGAGUCCUACAAAGCAGCAUGGAUCCUGACGGAGGAGCACAGCUUCGAGGACCGCAUGAUUGAUGACCUCUCUAAAGCUACGGAGGAAGAAGAAGAGGAAGAAGAAGAGGAGGAAAAGAAACCAGACCCUCUGCACCAACUGGUAUUACACUUUAGCCGGACAGCCCUGACAGAGAAGAGCAAACUAGAUGAGGACUAUUUGUACAUGGCAUAUGCCGACAUCAUGGCCAAGAGCUGCCACUUGGAGGAGGGAGAAGAGCCUUCAGAACCUACUGAGGAUGAGGUUGAAGCUUCAUUUGAGGAGAAGGAGAUGGAAAAGCAGAAACUCCUCUAUCAGCAGUCCAGGCUACACAACCGAGGGGCUGCUGAGAUGGUGCUACAGAUGAUUAGUGCCUGCAAAGGGGAGCCAGGAGUCAUGGUAUCGUCCACCCUGAAGCUGGGCAUCUCCAUCCUCAAUGGUGGCAACAUAGAGGUGCAGCAGAAGAUGCUGGACUAUCUGAAGGACAAGAAGGAGGUUGGCUUCUUCCAGAGCAUCCAGGCCCUGAUGCAGACGUGCAGUGUUCUUGAUCUGAAUGCCUUUGAGAGGCAGAACAAAGCAGAGGGGCUUGGAAUGGUGACCGAGGAAGGGACUGUCAUCAAUCGCCAGAACGGAGAAAAAGUGAUGGCAGAUGAUGAAUUCACCCAGGAUCUCUUCCGCUUUCUCCAGCUGCUGUGUGAAGGCCAUAAUAAUGACUUUCAGAACUACCUCCGGACGCAGACAGGGAACACAACCACCAUCAACAUCAUCAUCUGUACGGUGGAUUACCUGCUGAGGCUGCAGGAGUCCAUCAGCGAUUUCUACUGGUACUACUCAGGGAAGGAUGUGAUCGAGGAGCAGGGGAAGAGAAACUUCUCCAAAGCCAUGGCUGUGGCCAAGCAGGUCUUCAACAGCCUCACGGAGUACAUCCAGGGCCCGUGCACAGGAAAUCAGCAGAGCUUGGCCCACAGCCGCCUGUGGGAUGCUGUGGUCGGCUUCCUCCAUGUUUUUGCCCACAUGAUGAUGAAGCUGGCUCAGGACUCCAGCCAGAUUGAGCUGCUGAAGGAACUCCUGGAUCUGCAGAAGGACAUGGUGGUCAUGUUGUUGUCACUGCUGGAAGGGAAUGUGGUCAAUGGUACAAUUGCCAGGCAGAUGGUGGACAUGCUGGUGGAAUCCUCCUCCAAUGUGGAGAUGAUCCUCAAAUUCUUCGACAUGUUCCUAAAACUGAAGGACAUCGUGGGUUCUGAGGCCUUCCAGGACUACGUCACCGACCCCCGUGGGCUCAUCUCCAAGAAAGAUUUCCAGAAGGCCAUGGACAGCCAGAAGCAGUUCACUGGCCCAGAGAUCCAGUUCCUGCUCUCCUGCUCGGAGGCAGAUGAGAAUGAGAUGAUCAAUGUAGAGGAGUUUGCCAGCCGCUUCCAGGAGCCAGCCCGAGAGAUCGGCUUCAACGUGGCUGUGCUGCUGACCAACCUGUCGGAGCAUGUGCCCCAUGACCCACGGCUGCGGAACUUCCUGGAGCUGGCUGAGAGUAUCCUGGAGUAUUUCCGGCCCUACCUAGGCCGCAUCGAGAUCAUGGGUGCCUCCCGGCGUAUUGAGCGCAUCUAUUUUGAAAUCUCGGAGACCAACAAAGCACAGUGGGAGAUGCCCCAGGUGAAGGAGUCCAAACGCCAGUUCAUCUUUGACGUGGUUAAUGAAGGCGGGGAGUCCGAGAAGAUGGAGAUGUUUGUGAGCUUCUGUGAAGACACCAUCUUUGAGAUGCAGAUCGCCGCCCAGAUCUCAGAGCCAGAGGGAGAGCCUGAGGAAGAUGAGGAUGAAUCUGCAGCAGAGUCUGGGCCAGAUGUCACCGAGGCAGGACCAGAUGGAGAAGGAGCACCCGCAGGUGGCCCGACAGGCAUCUCUGGGCAUGUAGUAGGGGCAGUGUCUUGGGUCCUACGACGGAUGACCUACCGGAGCUUGCGUCGGCGGGUGCGGCGGCUCCGACGACUGACCCUGCGGGAGGCUGCAGGUGCCGGGGCCGGAUUCGUCUGGUCUGGGGUGACGUGGACGGGCACAGGAGUGAUCAGUGCCACCCGGGGGGCCCUAGGCCUACUCUGGGGCUCUCUGUUUGGUGGAGGGCUGGUAGAAGGAGCCAAGAAAGUGACAGUGACAGGGCUGUUGGCUGGGAUGCCAGACCCCACGGGUGAUGAGGUCCAUGGGGAACAGGCGGCUGGCACAGGGGCUGUUGGGACUGGGGAUGGAGCUGUGGAGGGGGAUGAGGAAACUGGGGGAGAGCCUGCUGAUGGAGAGGCUGAAGCCGAGGUUGGAGCUGGGGAGGCAGGACCAGCCAGAGGAGAGGGGGUCGGAGCAGACGGAGGCCAUUUCCGGAUGGAGGUUCCUGGAGGCCUUGGUGACAUGGGGGACACAACACCAGUUGAGCCGCCUACUCCUGAGGGUUCCCCAAUCUUCCGGAGGAAACUAGGGGUGAGUGGGGAGUUGUCAGAACCAGAGCCAGAGCCAGAGCCAGAACCAGAACCAGAACCAGAACCUGAGAAAACUGAUGCCGAGAAUGGGGAGAAAGAAGGGGCCCAAGAGCCAGCCCCUGAGGCUCCCAAGAAGGCAGCUGCCCCAUCUCCACCUCGGAAGGAAGAGUCCAAAUCUGAGGGCCCAGACUUCUGGGAGGAGCUGGAGGUGCAGAGGGUCAAGUUCCUGAAUUACCUCUCCAGAAACUUCUAUACCCUGAGGUUCCUUGCUCUCUUCCUGGCCUUUGCCAUCAACUUUAUCCUGCUCUUCUACAAGGUAUCUGACUCUCCUCCAGGUGAAGAGGACCUCGAAGGCUCAGGACUUGAAGGCCUGGCAGGCUCAGGGUCUGGCGACUUCCUGGGAUCUGGCAUGGGCUCAGGGGCUGGGGAGGAGAUGGAGGAUGAAGAGGAAGAGAACAUGGUUUACUACUUCCUGGAAGAGAGUACAGGAUACAUGGAGCCUGCCCUUCGAGGACUCAGCAUCCUGCACACCCUCAUUGCCUUUCUCUGCAUCAUCGGCUACAACUGUCUCAAGGUACCGCUGGUCAUCUUUAAACGCGAGAAGGAACUAGCCCGGAAACUAGAGUUUGAUGGUCUCUACAUCACCGAACAGCCUGAGGAUGAUGACGUAAAGGGACAGUGGGAUCGCCUGGUGCUUAACACCCCAUCCUUCCCCAGCAACUACUGGGACAAGUUUGUGAAAAGGAAGGUGCUGGAAAAGCAUGGGGACAUCUUUGGCCGGGAGCGGAUUGCAGAGCUGCUGGGCAUGGAUCUGGCCAGCCUGGAGAUCACGGCACAAAAUGAGAAGCGACCAGAACCCCCGCCAGGACUGCUCACCUGGAUCAUGUCCAUAGAUAUCAAAUACCAAAUCUGGAAGUUCGGCGUCAUCUUCACCGACAAUUCAUUUUUGUAUUUGACCUGGUACAUGGUCAUGUCCCUCCUCGGCCACUAUAACAACUUCUUCUUUGCUGCCCACCUGCUGGACAUCGCCAUGGGAGUCAAGACCCUUCGGACCAUCCUGUCCUCUGUCACCCACAAUGGGAAGCAGCUGGUGAUGACGGUGGGUCUGCUGGCAGUCGUGGUUUACCUCUACACAGUCGUGGCCUUCAAUUUCUUCCGUAAAUUCUACAACAAAAGUGAGGAUGAGGAUGAGCCGGACAUGAAAUGUGAUGACAUGAUGACGUGUUACCUAUUCCACAUGUACGUGGGUGUCCGAGCUGGUGGUGGCAUAGGGGACGAGAUUGAAGACCCAGCAGGGGAUGAAUAUGAGCUGUACCGGGUGGUCUUCGACAUCACCUUUUUCUUCUUCGUCAUCGUCAUCCUGUUGGCUAUCAUCCAAGGUCUGAUCAUUGAUGCUUUUGGGGAGCUCCGAGACCAGCAAGAGCAAGUGAAGGAGGAUAUGGAGACCAAAUGUUUCAUCUGUGGCAUUGGAAGUGACUACUUUGAUACAACACCCCAUGGUUUUGAGACCCACACACUGGAGGAGCACAACCUGGCCAAUUACAUGUUUUUCCUGAUGUAUCUGAUCAACAAGGAUGAGACAGAGCACACAGGACAGGAGUCAUAUGUCUGGAAGAUGUACCAGGAACGCUGCUGGGAUUUCUUCCCAGCUGGUGACUGUUUCCGAAAACAAUAUGAAGACCAGCUGGCCUGAGAAACCGAGGCUCCCCUUCAUUUCUUCUCACCUCAAGUGCCUUAUGCCACUUUGGGGAUCCCCUAUCCUGGGGCUCAGCUCCCCUCAGUGCAAUAUGCCCCAUGGGAAAGGGGCCCCUCUGGAAUAAAGGGUUUCUUCUGCAGUUCC